UAACCCAAAGUUUUCUAAAAUUCCAUAUCAACUUCCUUUCCUUUUCUGUUUUGGUGGUUUGUUUUCACCCAACCAACCCAAAGCCAGAAAGAACUGGCUGAGAAUAACAGAAAGAAAGAAAACAAGAAGAAGAAGAAGAAAGAUCAAGAAAAGGCAAAAUACACCUAAAAAUAUGGCCUUUUCUUCUUCUUCUUCUAUAUUACUUCAUUUCAAGCUUCCCCUUUUAACUCAUACUGAAAAACCAUUUCAUAAAUUCUCUUCAAAUUCUUGUUUAUUACUCACAAAGAUUUCCCACAAAUGCUGUUCUCAAAGCUCCAAGUCACCAACGUUUUUCAAGUGUUACUCCCAAAAACAAGAAACUGAAGAAAUUGAAAGAGAAGUGGCUAUUAAAGAAAAAGUAUAUGACUUUGAAAGACUGUUUUCUAACCUCAAUCAAGCCACUUUCAAGAGAGAACCAGGAAGCCUCAGCAGUGCCAUUUUUCUCGUUGCUGGCACAACUGUUGGUGCAGGUAUUCUUGCUAUUCCUGCAGUCACACAAGAAUCUGGAUUUCUAGCUUCUUCAGUAGUUUGCAUUGUAUGCUGGAUUUAUAUGGUAGUGACUGGACUACUUAUUGCGGAAGUCAAUGUGAAGACCAUGUGCGAGCUUGGUUCAGGCGGUGUGUCAUUGGUGUCAAUGGUCAGGAGAACCCUGGGAAAUACAGGAGUGCAAGUAGCUUGCUGGUCCUACAUUUUCAUCCAUUACGCCCUUCUUGUUGCUUAUCUGGCUCGUUCUUCAGAUAUAUUGACAAACUUCAGCGGGAUUCCAUUAUGGGAAACUGCGACCUUGUUUUCACUGCUUCUUGGAGGGAUUUGCUUCUCUGGAAGCCAGCGAACUAUUGGGGCGGUUAAUGGUGUCCUUGUCUUUGGUAUCAUCGCCUCUUUCACAGCCCUUGUGGUUGUCGCCAGUGGAGACUUGCACUGGGAGGCUCUUCUGAAAGCUAAUUUUGAAGCUGCUCCUCAAAGUAUACCCAUAAUUGCACUUUCUUUUGUUUAUCAGAAUGUUGUACCUGUUCUCUGUACAAAUCUUGAAGGGGACCUCUCAAAAGUAAGGAGCGCUAUAGUUUUUGGGACAGCAAUUCCUCUUGCUCUGUUCCUUGUUUGGGAUGGUGUCAUUUUGGGAACAAUCACAACUCUUGGGACUGAAGCAGACAAGAUUGCAGAUCCACUACAACUAUUGCGGUCUUCUAAUGGGAUCGUCGGGCCAAUAGUUGAUAUCUUUUCACUUCUGGCAAUUGCUACUUCUUAUAUCGGAUUUGUAUUGGGCCUUGCGGACUUUCUUGCUGACUUGCUGAAACUCCCGUCAGGUCCUAACAGGCCUCUGCCGUACCUACUUACUUUGGUUCCUCCGCUGAUACUUUCACAACUAGAUCCAGAGAUAUUCUUCAAAGCGUUGGAUUUUGCUGGAACCUAUGGAGUUUUGGUGCUUUUUGGACUUCUUCCAGCUGCAAUGUCCUGGUCAGACAGAUAUUCAGAAUCUACUCAAACUCCAAACUUACCUCCACUGGUUUCUGGGGGAAAGAUCACUCUUUCACUUGUUUUUGGAGGUGCAGCAUUUGUCAUUCUUUCAGAAAUAGUAGAGAACUUUGCUCAUCCAUAAUUAGUUGACAAUGGAAGUUGAUUAUUCAUGUUGUAUCCGCUAGUCUCCGUCUCGGGUUACCAGCAUCCCAUCAUGUUUCUACAAGUGCUAAGCUAAUUUGCAACAUAUUACUACUGCGUUUUGUAGAUGCGAGUGAAAUUGUUGUGUAUAUGAUCAUGUAGAUAGAAACAACAUUGCAAUAACACUCUCUCAUAGUUUUGUAUUUGGAGUUAUUAUGGUGAAAUUCUGAAAGAAAGUACCAAUUGUCAA